AAAUCCGAUCGAAACAACUGGUGGGUUAGUUUCUAAUUUCCAAGAAUGGCGCAAGAUCACGACGAGACGGAGAAUAAAACCUACGCCGACGUUGUCGGUGGCGAUGAUGUCGGAGAAAUUGUCAACGGAGGAACGAAGAAUGGUUAUCGUAAACCGGACGCUGUGGAGAAGGAUGAGGAUUUGAAGAGUCUCUAUUCCUUGAUUUGUCUCACGAUCGGUUCGAUUCUGUUCCCAGAUUCGAAAACCGGUGAUGCGUCGUCUUCGUUUCUUCAUCGUGUAAGAAACUCCGUCGCCGAAAAUGGGCCUAAGCUUCGAGAAGCUUCUGAAAGAACAGGACGCGAGAUUCUUCUCUGGACUCGUAGAGGCAGCUCCCUUCGUGCUCUGCUUGUAAUCUCUAUGGGAACAAUAGUUCUUCUUACAACAAUGGCUUUGGUUGUAUUCACACUCUUCUUUGUAGCUGCAACAGCUAAUGCUAUCAUCAUUUCUCUUAUGAUUUCACUUGCUGUUGCUGGUGGCUUCUUGGCACUCUUCUUUCUUUGCUUGACUGGUGUUUACAUUGGAGCCUUAUCCGUUGCUGCAUUCGUCAUCUCUACCGCUACAAUUUCUGCCGUUGUUUCUGUCUUAAUAGCUUCAGGUUGGAUUGGGUUCUUCUAUGUUGUGUGGUUGGGAACAAGAGGAAGCCUACGGUUGGUGAAACAAUCGGUUUCAGUGGUGGGAUCAGCCAUUUCAGGUAACACUUUCAGUCGUCAUCAACACCAAGACCGGGAGGUAAACAUCGAAUCAUCCAACUGAGAAUCCGUCACUACCGAGUUUGUAGAUAAAACCCGAGUUUUGGU